ACUUUUCGGUGGUAUUUGCUCAUUUUGCGGAAAGGCAGCUCCAUUCAUAGGGCUAACGUUGGUAGGCAGGCGGGGGGGGAAAAGGCGCAGGAGCGACCAAAACACCACCGACGUAUAAAUGAUGGUCUCUCACUGAAAAACCACCGGGUUGAACUGUCAUUGUCAACCGUUUUUUUUCGACACGGGACCAAAAAACAAACCGCAACGCAAAAAACCCCGAAACCCAUCCUCAAGGGAAUGGAUUUUUAAAUGCCUGUAAUUUGACUUGCGCUCCGCGGAAAUACGCCGACUUCCUACUAGUCGCCUUUUUCGCUCCUCCUCAUCAUCAUCAUCGCUUUUUUUUUUUUUUACCGCAGACCGGCCACCUCCACUCGGCUCAUUAAACGCAGGGCAGUCCGCGGACCCGGCUUGAGGCUCUCUUUUGGCGCAUCUUGGACACGUUUGAACUGCCCCAAAAAAACGUCGUUUGUGUUAAAGAUCACACGGAAACGUGCGCGCGUGUGUUUGGUUUCGGUGUAUGUGUUUUUUCUUGCUGCCUGUAUAAUAAUGCCGACACAUUUGCGGUUCCGGAGAAGGUCAUUCCUUGGGCUUUUAUUCCUUUUUUCGCUGUCCACCUCCGCGUUGUAUUUCAUCUACUCCGCCCCAGGAAUCGUGAAUGAGUAUGUGUUCAUGGUCCAGGCCAGAGGGAUCCAGAUCAGAGAGAACGUGAAGAACAUUGGGGCUCAGGUUAUUGAGCAGGUGGUGAGAGGAGCCUACAACAUCAACGGCACAGAUUAUGCCUACGAGUUCAAUGUGAGCGAGAGUGAUGCUCCUCCCGCCACAUACCUGCCCGAGGGCUUCACCUACCUCCCCUCUCAGGUGUGCCCUGAACGGCUGCUCUCCAUGAAGGGCAGGUUAAAGGUAAACAUGAGUGAGGUGUCUUUGGAGGAGGUGGAGAGAUCCUUGCUGGAGGAAGACCCUCACAGGACCCCAGGAGGCUACUGGAAACCCAAAGACUGUUUACCUCGCUGGAAGGUGAGUGUGGAUGUGACAAAAGAGGACCAUUUACUUAAAACCACUGUCCAAUAAAUAGACCCUUUUUACAGCUAACGUCAUGAUUAUGUCACCUUGGUAGCUGGAGGCCAAACAAGAAUAGGCUAAACUUCAAGAGGGAUGAGUGUUGGGCUCAUUUUUGUAACCAGUGCAGC